AUGACGGUGUGGAUUGCAUACAAUAAUGGUCCAGGCAAAGUCCUUCCUUUAACCAAUUUCUGUCGACCCCCAACGGUACCAAAACUUAUCCAUAGCGAGGAAACCGAGGACACAGUAUCAUUCGUCGCAGUGAAAGCAAGACAACAACCAAAGAAAUCUCGCGAACAAAAUAAUACUGAUCCAAUGGAAGACGAAAGCAAUGAUGAAAGAGUCGACACGUACAGCAAAUUAUUUCUCUGUCCUGAACAAGGCUGCAUUAAAUCAUUCCACAGGUACUCUUCUCUAGAAAGACAUUUGCAUUGUGACAACCAUACCUACGUACUAGAGCAUGAAACCCUUUAUGACAAGGCUAUGAAGCUAUAUGCAACAAAACUGGAAGAAGGAUCCAGUAAGAACCCGAUACCAACGGAGUCAGAGAGCGUCGAGUUGCCAGAGCCAGAUAUUGGCCCUGAACUUCAGAUGGGCUGGGCUUUGAGAAUUUCCUCUAAGGGAAAGCGGUUUUCCGAUGUUCAGAAGAAGUACCUGGUUGACGUGUUUGAUGCUGGAGAGCAAACAGGGCGAAAAGCCGAUCCAGGUGAUGUGUCAAGAGCAAUGAGAUCUACAAGAAACAGCGACGGCUCGCGACUUUUUAACAAGGGCGACUUUUUAACACCGCAGCAGAUUGCAAGUUUUUUCUCACGAUUGGCGAAAAAAAGAAGGGAAAAUACAUCGGGCGAUAAAGAUAGUGAAGAAAGGGGUGAUGGUGAUGACAAUGACUACGAGGAAGACGAUUUAAAUAAGAAAGAUUUCGAAAAGAGAAAAGGACAAGAAAUCGAAGAAUUAUCAGCUUCCUUGAUUGACGCAAUUGGACUGAAGCAUCCAAUAAUGUUCGAUAGGCACAAUAUUUGUGAAUUAACAAGUCAAAGAAAACUUUCCAAAUUCUCUGUUUACAUGCUACAAGAAAUUUGUUCUUCAUUCGAACUUAAUAUUACUGACAGCACUGGCAAGCGCAAAUUCAAAAAACCGUACAUUGAUUUGCUAGAAAAACUGGUUCAAAGUUGCGGUUGCUGAACUAGAUUACAAUGAUAUGGCGUCAAAGGUAAACACGUCAGAAUAUUCUAUUAUUUAAAGAGGAUCAUCUUUAUACUAAUAUUAGUAAACCCUCGAUAACGUAUCCGGAAUGAUAAGCAUAAAAGACGAGCAGCUGAAAAGGACAGGAAAUUUUGAAAAUGUCAAUGAAUUACGUCCGGUUUGUUUAAAACACAUAAAAUAUUCGUUUUGUCGAAAUGACUCGUAUAAAAUGUGAGUUUGACGAUAGAUAGAAAUAGACACCAAUAUUAUGCACUUACUAGUAGACACUAUAUGGGUCAAUCGAUGGAUUUUAAAAAGGGAAUUUAACAUAGUUUGUGAUUAGUCAGUUCCUUUUACAAUGUAGAACAUUCAGUUUGUUCUUAAUUUAAAAUACAAACACUGAGCCGCUUUUAUAAACGCUACAUAUGUACACAAUAUAUAAAUUGAUUGAUCUUGCCGACAGGCAAAAUUUGUAAAUUUCUUACAACUUUGGGGAUGCGCUGCAUCACGAAAAAUAAUUUCCCCAAGAAAAUUGUAAACGAUUCACAAAAUACACCAUUUAAAGGCAAUUAUGGGUUGUUUUAUAGUAAAAAAAAUUUCGUCGCACAUGGAAAAAUAUUAGUUUACUUUGAACAUAUUUUGAGAGAGAUUUUCUAUGUGUUCCAAAAAUAACUUCAAUAAAAAUCAAAACCUCGAACAAUAAUGGCUGAAACUCUACCUGUUGCAUAUUAAGAUAGCAAUUAACAUCGCGUGAGAUUACUACAGCGCUGGGUUAUUUUGUUUCGCCCCGAGAAGUUGUUGAAGUUAACCUAAAUUAUCGGCUCAAAAUUAGCGAAUUUAAUUCGAAAAGUAUUUUCUGCGAUUUUAUCGAAUACUAAGCCGUAUUUCACCAAGCAAACUGCACAGUGGUAUUUCUUACAUUAGGGCCUAUAUAUAGUUAAAAUAUGGGCGGAAUCGAUUUCUCGACCGUUGCCGCGAAUUUGCUAAAAUAUCCGAUUUUUGCUGACAUCCACUCUUAAAGAGCUGUUAAGUACUAGAUAAAACAUGAGCAGCCGAUCUGUAUCUUAUAUACAAACUCGAGCCGAAGGCGAGAGUUUGUAUAUCAGAUACAGAUCGGAUGCGAAUGUUUUAUCGUACUUAAAAAAUGACCCAUCUUAUGAGUUCAUUGGCGAAGUAAUUUUAAAAAUAAACAUUGUCUAAGCCGAGAAAAUCAAAGCUGAAGUUUAUGUAAAUCAGGACAAAUCUUUAUCCGAUUUACAAGCAUUGAUUAAACAUUCAUUUCUUUUGUAUUUUCCUCGUCAAGCACGGGGGUUGCGGGGGGAGCACCCCCCAGAAAUUGAUUUGUACCUCCCCAGAGGCAUUUGGCACCGCCCCCGGAAGUUUUUGAACCCCCGCAAAUUAUAUAUUUUUUGAUUUGAUAGUUUCAUAUUUGAUUAUUCUUACUACUAAAUUUGUAAAAUUACCAAUAUUAUGGUCUCAGAUCUCGCCAUGCAGGCGUAGAAAACAAAUUUUGUUAAACUUUUUCCUUGGCCUUUCCUUGGCGUUGCCACCAGGCCCCGGCGAAAGCAAGCAGCAGCACACACCCCCCCAGGUAUAUAUUUAUCCACUCACCCCCGAACAAAAAUUUGAAAAUCCGUCUCUGUUCCUCGUGAAUUAUUAAUGAAUUUUUUAAUUAAUGAUACACUUGUUUCAUGAUGAUAAAGUUAUUGCUGAAUCUUUUAAUGAUUUUUUACGAAUCAGGAAUAAACUUAGCCGGCUGAGUCUGACUGAUCAACUCUAUAAUAAUUUGGGUGAUGACCCAAAUUUCCACCAACAUUGUCCUGGGACUCGUUUUUAUUUUUCCGAUAUCAGUGUGGGUAAUGUUACCUUGCGAAAUACAGUAUUUCUUUUAAAUUUUCUAACUUUUAUUUCUUUGAGUUUUGUCCCGUGAGUACAAGACCUUGUGUUCUUAUCCAACCAUUUAUUCAAAGCAAUUAGAGCUGUCAAAUUACUACAAUACGUUAUAGCUAAUUUGAAUUAAAGGUUCAGUUUUUUUUUAUACACACUGUAUGUUAAACGAAACUAAAUAACAUCCAUGCAUAAAUUUCGAUUCAAUUGUGUUUACGCACCCAUGGGUUGAGUAUAGUACUCAUGCAGGAAUUCAAAUUAUAACAAUAAGGUGAAUUUAUAAAGGUUUCCUUUUUUUUGAGACAUCCUGUAGUAUGGAAAUAUUAUGGAUUUGGUGAUCCAAUCGCAAAUUCCAUAGCAUGAAUUUCACUAUUUUUCCAAUGUUCCUACAGUACCUACAUUUUUCAAGGCAAAAAAGGCGAAGGCUGCUAAGAAGCAAGGAAAGAAACCAAAACAUCAUAGCCACAAGAAAACACGACUUGGCGAGGAAUUUUACAAUGCCGAAAAUGAGAAAGAGAAAUGUAUGUAUGCAUUUAAUACAUUUAUUUAUAAAUAAUGAAUUAACACCUGGUUGAGUGCAAAUCCUUUCUAGAUUUUCAGCUUCUUGGGACUCCCAGGUAUAACCCGAAUAACGUUCACACACAUCCUAUAAACAGGGUGUUUAACUGAAAAAGUAGAGUAUUUUGAAACGGUCAUCAAUUUCACAAAUCCGUUCAUUUCAUGAAUUUUUUGAUAAAUAUAGAUUGUCUGGGUACUUAUAAUGUAGAAUAAACAAAUUUUUUUCGUAAAGAUAAAUUUUCCAGAGCGGGGGGGGGGCUUUUUUAGCAGCAUUAAAAAUAACUUUGUUGAGAAAUUUGUUAUGUGUUUUAUAAAUUGUCCAAAUAUUAGAAAAUGUACUCAAUUUUAAGUCCUUUAAAUAGCUGCUGAAACUUUCAUUUUUUGGCACUAAUGGCAAUGCCUGUCACAUAUGCUUAAUUCAUGCAUUUGCAUAAUUUGCAUGCAUAUUGUUAUUUUACUUUUUUUACAAUAACAAUACGCAAAUUAAGUACCCAAACAAUCAAUAUUUAUCAAAAUUUUCAUAAAAUUUGUGAAAUUGAGAGCCGUUUCAAAAUUGUCUACUUUUUAAUACACCCUGUAAUAUGUUAAUGAGGGAGUCCAUAUCUCAAUAAAUUCGUAAAUCACUGCAGUGGUGAAAGAAAAUCAAUCCUCUAUAUAAGCUUCAAUCCUCUAUGAGCUAUAUAAGCAACAGUGAUAAGUUUUCUUAAAUUUUAGUUCCCAUGUUAGCGUACACGAAGCUAUCUGACAAUUUCAACCAGAUUGGAGACAAGGCGAAUACAGCCAAGGGAGGUCUUAAAAAACUGAAAGAAAACUGGGAAAAAAGAGGAGAAUUUGGUGAUAGAUCAGUGUUUGUGGCUGCGUUGCAGUCAGCUGCUUCAAAUAUUGGCAAGUUUGCAAAUGCUGGUGCUGAUCCCGAGGGAGCUAUGAUGGCAGCUUUGGCUAUGGUAGCACAAUUUGCGUCUUUGACUGGGCCAAUGGGAGAACUGGCUUCUAUUGGUAGGUAUUAA